AUGCUUGAAGACACUAUUUCAAUUCCUCCUGCUACUAUUAUUGAUGAAUGUGGUGUUUCGAUUCUUAAUACUCAAUUCUGUGAAUAUUUGCGUGUGGAUCAACAAAUGGAAUCCUGGAUUUUUGCAACGUUGUCUCGUGAUGUUUUUGUCGAGGUGCAUGAUUUGUCUACUUCUGUGAAAAUUUGGAAUCGUUUGCAAACUAGAUUUAUGCAUGCUAGUAUGGAUCGUUCUAUGGAAUUGAAGGGUCGUCUUACUCGUAUUAAGAAGAGUGAUUCGCAAUCUGUGGAUGGUUAUUUGUGUGAGAUAAAAGUAAUUGCUGAUUCCUUAGCUAUUAUUCAGUGUCCUAUCUCUAAUCAGGAUUUAGUUCAGCAUAAAUUGUUUGGUUUAAAUCUUGAUUCGAAGUAUGAUCAUAUAGUUACUAUUCUCCUGCAUUACCCUUUCCCUCUUAGUUUUGAUGAUUUGUGCCCUAAGUUGCUUCUCCAUGAACAACGUAUGAAAAGCUCGAAGGAUGGAUUUGAAUCCUCCUCCCAACAUGCCUUAGUUGUUGUUCAGUCUUCUGGUUCCUCGCCUAAACCUAAUUCAGGUGGAAGGAAUAGGGGGAGGAAUAACAAAAAUCGUGGGGGUAACAAUAAUCGAAAUCAGAAUAAUCGUGGUAAUGGUGGUGGUAAUGGGGGGUAA